AUGAAUCACCAACGAAAUAGAGAUUACGAUAAAGUUUUGGAUGGCCCUAUAUUCGGCAACGAAGUCCUUGCUCCCGCUGAUCCUCUUAGAGGCCCGGUCGACGUAGUUCCAGCAGAGGAAAUUACGCAACGGUUGCAGGACUUGAUUAGGCAAAUCAAACAGUUUGGUGCAAGGGUUAACAAUGGCUUUGCAGCCAUUGAGGGCCCAUUGGAAGAGUUGGAGGACGAUCUCGAAUUGGUCAAAGAAAAAACAGAAGGGCUGCUGGAAAGGGAUAAAGAUAUAGGCAAGGAAGAUGAGUUGGGGGGGUUAUGGGAUUCGGCCGACUGGUGGGCCACUGAUGUUGACAGUGAUUCCGAUGAAAGUUUUUGA